AUGCAGUCGAAUCUGCUCCAGUUCUCCAACCUGAGGACUGGCAACUUGCGUUUAGCGAGUACAAAUCGCGGCUCUGCGAAUGGUGGUGGCAGCAGCACGAUGGAGUCUGGGACGUCUGGGGCCGGCAGCUCCUCGAAUAAACAAGUCAACAUGGUCAUCGAGAACAACACUCUGACGAUAGGAGGGACCGAAGGGAAGCGUGCCUUUGGUCGGCGGCUGCAGAUGGACACCAGCGGAUUAAAGGUCAAGAGCAAGGUGGACCAGGAGGAGCUGGAAAGCGCCAUGAAGACGCCUAUCUCUGGUAUCCCAUUUUUCAAUCAAAGUUCUAGGCGCUCGUAUCAGUUUGAGCUUAGCUUCCACAAUACACCAGUCUCGGAUGACUGUCAUGUGUUGAUCGACGUUAGCCAACUACCAGGGGCGCGCGAAGGUGAUCUAGCUGAACUGAGGACCUACCAUCGCUCGCCGGGUACGCGUGAUAAGAAGGUAUAUUUUAAGAUCAAAUCCUUAGAUGUGGAAGCCAGAAGGAGGUCGGCCACAACAGGUCUUUCGAUAUUAACCGGGCAGUUACGCUACUUGCUGGACCUUCCUUCCAGAUCUCCUGUGUGGGUGAAACUCAAGUCGAAAAAUGAACACCAAGCAGACCUCGUGGAAUUACAUGUUAAGGAUUGCCAUGUUAACAGAGGAGAUAUGUGGUGUAUAUCAUCCACUUUACUCGAUACCUGCGUAUUUACUGGACAGAGGGUCACAUAUAUUAAUGCUCUUAGGCUCAUCGUUAAAGCGAUCUAUAGAAAUGGAAAGAAAGUAAUUUCUGGUUAUGUCGGGAAUAAUACUAAAGUAAUAUUUGCUUCAGAAUCUGCCAGGAUCAUCUUUCUCAUACAGAUAACAGAAGAAAUGUGGCAUUUUGAACAGAAUGGCGAGAAGACAUUCCACAAAGUAGUUAAUUCCUUAUUUCCAAGGAUUCUAAAAAGGUGGAAGGACAUCGGAACCUAUCACACAAUCACCAUCGUCUUUUGCGCUUCCGUAGACGAGAGUGGGCAGUCUUUCAGAAAUAUACCGCCGGGUGUUCGUUUAAAAAACACAAAGGACUAUUUUCGAAUAGUAGUGGAUCGAGUAAAUAUCCUCUACUGGGAUGAGAUAAUGAAGACAUUAAGGAAGGAAUUCAUGCAAAUAAUCGGAGAUUUGAGGAAUACACAGACAGAUGAUGGAGGCGGUCCAAUCAGAUGGAGUUUCACUCCUGUUAUUAAAUCCAACAUCCUGGAAACGAUAAAUUUUGCUACUACGUUGCUUGCAGACCAAUUCAGGGUACCGGAUUUAAAACACACGGUAACUCAUGUGAUUAUUAUCAGCCCUGGUACUGGUUUAUAUGACGUAAACUAUGAUUUGUUAAAGGUGACAUGCAGGAAGUUGCUUUCCCUAGAAAUUGCUGUUGAUUUAAUAUGCCUUUCGAGAGCUCCUUUACACAUCGUCCCGCUAUUCAGAUAUAUUGAUUACCAAGGUGAGCUAUGUCAUUCUGCACCUACAUGGCUUAGUAUAUCAUUUUGGGAUGAUAAUAAGAAAUCACAGGAAUGGCACCCAAGGUGCAAGAUUUACGAUGUUCAGAUGAUGGGUGUAACUGAAAGGCGCGAUAGCGAAGAAGUUACAUUAAAUUAUAUGAACUCUGCGCUACACACGACCUCGGUUACAGAUUUUAUGGACCAAUAUGAUAAAGAAGUUUUUGACGCUGAUAAAUGUUAUCCUUUAUCCAAUGAGAACCGUGAAUCAACGCCUCUGGAAGAUACCAGUAAUAUUGAAAGCACUGUACUCCCAAAAUCUGGGCAUGAAGUUCAAUCGAUAGUUUGGAAGCCGCCGAGGUCAUCUAAACCACUUGUCGAGCCUACCACUGUGCAAAGUGUAAUUGUCAGUCUACACCAGCCCGGGACAAUCAAUAACUCUUCCGAAGACGAUCUCACAGAUACAAGCUCCUCUAAUUCUUCUCCUGAAGCAAACGAAUCUUUGGCGCUGGCUAGCUUAAAGAAUAUGACCCAGAUAUCAAGAGGGUUGACGAAGAGAAUUGUUUCCAAACUAAUUCCAGACAUUAAAUCCAAGAGAAGUCGUCAUUCUAUCAUGGCAACUGGUAACGAACACCCUAGAAACGACACUUACGAAGACAUAGAGGAUAUAAGGAAAGUUGAUUGCCAUUCUACUGGCACAAACAUAACAUUUUUAAAGCCUACCUUUCGGUCCAUGGAUGCCGAACACUAUAACCCACCAGAUACAGUAUCUAGCCAUGGCUCAGCUGGAACAGAUUCACGUCGAGAGUCACUCAUGUUUGAGAAAAAGUCCGUUCUACUGGAUGAUUUUGCUAAAAAGAAAUCCAAUGUGAAUAAAUAUAUCAAGGAAAAGUCAUUGGUCGAUAGCUUAAUUCAUCUUGAUAAUCCCUCAGUCUGCUUUAGUGGUGAGGUAGCUACUAUGCUAAUCCCAGAUCGCUGGAAGGAUGUGUACCCAAAGUACGUUGCUAAGAAAUAUACUAAAUGGAGAUCUUUUACGACACCUGCUGAGUUACCGAUAACUACCGUUCACUUCCCUUCAUUAUCAGAUUUUGAAUCUAAUUUUAUAUUCAGAAAUCAUUCGGUAUCAUUAAAUAUUGAUAGGGAGGUUUACGGUCAAACCACCUUCGACCUAUUACGUGAUAUGAUAUACAUACGGUUGCUUGCAGGCUUCCAAAUAUGCACCUCAGAGUUGCUGAAGAAAGUGGAAGCAACUGGUAGUAAUGAAAUACACGAACAAGAGAUUGCUAAAGUACUUUCAAAGGAUAAUUACAUGGUUGCGAUCUACUACAUGAUAAUUGACAAUGAAGUUCAUAGGAUUAAAUGCGGGUACAACGGAACUAUUGAUGUUCAAAGAUUUCUGAGGAAAAAUGAGAAUAAAAUGAUGGAUACAAUUGCCAAGUAUACACCGCUAGUAAGGACACGCUAUGAACAUUCAUAUAGACCUUGCAAGAUGGAUCCAUUAAGAAUAUCUAGAACAUCUUUACGUUGGAACCAGGUCGACCAAAUUUUGGCUGGCUACUAUGAUUCUAUGAUGGACAGUAGCAAAAUCGGAUUCCGGUCUAAGUUUGUUAUAUUGCCAGCAGACAUACCUCCAAACACAUUUUCUUCAACAGUGAACGGCCGGAAAGAAACGUUGAGUGCCGAGGAAAUACGGUUGGAGGGAUUGAGAAAAUUGAUUUCAUCUAUAUCAAAAUCUAGGCUUAGAACCAAUCCAGAGAAAGCUACUAAAGCAUCAAGAAAGGAGGAAAUUUUACCCGAGGUCCAUUUCUAUACUGGCUCCCUUUUUGAAUAUCUUGCUGACCAUCAUGACAACCUAGAGCAUGUUGACUCUCCUGCGAAGGAUGCACAGUCCGCCGACUUGUCAAAGUUCAAUAGAGAUGCCGAGUUAUCAAGAUUAGCAUACGAGCUUCAGCAUGGUGAGAAACCGAUCAAAUUGACAAAUAGAAAAUGGCAUUUUAAGAACCAUUCGUCUUGCUUUGUGGGGCUCGAAAUGGUAAAUUGGUUAAUCGAAAACUUUUCCGAUAUUGAUACACGAGAUGAGGCUGUUAUAUACGGACAGCAGCUACUAACUGAUGGCCUCUUCCAUCAUGUUGAUAGGAGACAUGGCUUCCUAGAUGGGCACUACUUUUAUCGCAUUUCAGAUCCAUUUGUGGAUAUUAAAAUAGAAAAAGGAAGCGCCGAGUCCCCUCUUAACAGUGAUCCGAUAACUAUUAAUCGGCGUGUCUCAGCAUCCACGAUUAUUUCCAGCAAACAAAAUUCUUCAGGUAUGAUACAAUCUAAGAAUGGCGAUUCCGAAUUGCUAGACAGGCAGUCGGUUAAUGAUGAGGGCAAAACCAUAGUAAUCAGCACUGCCAUAGAUAUUGAUCUUGAUCCAGCUGGAAAUUCACACAAGCUCGAGACAUGUACAGUACACUACGAUCAAGUCCACAACCCAGAUCAUUGCUUCCAUAUAAGGAUUGAAUGGUUGACUGCAACCCCGAAACUGCUUGAUGAUCUUGUUACGAACUGGGGCAGAUUAUGUGAAAGGUAUGGAUUGAGGUUGGUAGAAAUACCCUGGCAUGAGCUCUGUACUAUACCAUCAUUUGACCCUACGCAUUCUUUUAUAGAAGCAACAUUAGCAAUCAAUCCUUGGACAGAUCCAGAGUUUAUGGAUGCCGAAAUAUUUGCAUCCCAAAAAUAUUUUUAUCAUGUUCAUUUAUUGGAAUCAUUCGGGUUUUUGCUAGAUAAUAGGGCAUCCAGAAUUCUACAGAAUGAGCGGGUAUCGUUCAACGUUGUUUAUUCAUGGGGCAAGCCAAGCUUUAAAUACGCUCAAUUUAUCCAUAAUACAGGAGCUUACAUGGCUGAGAUACGAGAGAAUGGAGAUCUCUUCCUAGCUCCAAAUAAUUUAUACCUUUCAAGAAAUGGUAUUGGGAAUAGCAGUGGCAGUUUGCAUUUAGGACCCAAGUCUGCUAUUUAUUCGGAGAAAGUCAUGCUCGAUUUCAAGCAUGUUUGCGAGGACUACAAAAAACUGCGUUCUGUCUUCUGGGAAGCCAGAGAUAAAUGGCAACAAACACGCAAUACAUUAGAAGAGUACUAA